CUAAAACUUUGUUUUGUAAAAUAGCCAAAGGGCCUGGGUGUUGCUGUGGCUUUUUCAUCGCUUUCAGAAAAAAAUAAAGCUAGUUUCCAUCUCAAUGGCAGGGAGGCCUGUCUCUAUUGGCAGUUUUCAAGUGUAGUGUGAAAGGAGAGAGCUGUAAAAUAUAUUGAUGCUGAAACCCUUCUCUAUUGACAGGCUGCAAGGCGUGAACAAUCUUCGGGCCUGGAAAGACACUGGGCCAGUGCAUGGCCAAUCAGACACAAAAGGGUGAAACGGGCCAGAAAAUACUAUUCUCUUCCAUUCAAUCCUAUCAAUCAGAGUUUUAAAACCCACCAGAAUGAAGCGAGUGAGAGAGGGAAAGAGUAAGCAGAGGAAUUGGGGGGUGGCACGGCCGUUUUUGUAUUUAAAAAGUAUUCUUAACAAUUAUUUAACGAUAAGAAGUUGUUCCUAUGGUUUUUCUCAUCGGUUUAAUGUUAAAUAGAAACAGAUUUGUUUUCCCGAGCUUUAAUUUAGAGCGGUGAGUUUCAGAUGUGAGCUUCUAGCUGUGGAAUGCUUUCUGCCGUCUGCUUCGGGGCUCACGUUCUCCUAACCCCCACCCCCUUCCUCACUCGCCAAGCUUUUUUAAUCAACUGAAGGAGGAGAAAGUUGUGGGAGACCACACAGGUUGCGAGUUUCAUAAAAUUUAUAAACAUUUUAUCCUGUAUGUGACGUGCAGAUUGCCAAAACUGGAGUUGCUAUGGAAAUGAAUCCCAUGGCUGACUCCUCAAUGACGGCCAAUCGUUGAGCAGGACUGUAAAUGAGAGAGAAAGAGGGAGGGGGGGCUUUGCCUUUUCUGUUUUCAGAGUAGAGGGGUUAUAGGGGAAAGCUAAACGAAGCGUGAAGCGUAACAGUGAGAGGGACAAAGACACAGGUAGCGGGAGAAACGGCGACAGUGAAGGGAGGAGGAGAGAGUGAAAAAGGAGGGAGAGAAGAAAAAACAGAAGGGAGAGAUGGACGUGUACUGGUGAGAAAGUGCACAAUUUGUAUCCCAUAAAACCGAAACAAAUCUAUGUUUUCUACUCAUGACAGGACUCAGGGACGUGGACAAUACUGGAUAGAGGGAGGUUAAGUUCGGAUUUAUUUUCUUUCUGUCUUUUUGUCAAGCGGAAUUUUGAUACUUCUUUCAUUUUGGGGUGUAUUCAUAGUCCAGGAAAGCUGUGGAAAUCCUGUAUAUCUUAAGUGAAAUUCUUCAGUUGCUGGCUAAAGUGUUACCUUCCCCCAUAGAGCAACAGGCUGUUCUGUGAUUCUAAUCUGUCAAGCUGACCAUAGGGGCGGGAGGAAUGAGUCCGUCUGGACUUCGUGCAAGUAAGCUUUCUUUUUUCUGGUCUUUUUUAAAAACAUGAAGACACUAUGCUGUCCAACCCGUACUUCUGGAUGCGUGUUCUCUUAGGAUUUCUAAAAUAAACGUUCGCUGUUAAGUGGAGAAACAGGAGCGCAUCCGUGAACUGGAGACUACGCUUUAAGCAUGAAGACUUGGUGUAGCGCUCUGGCUCUACUGGGCUGGGUACUUGUGGCGCUGGAUGCCCAAUAUGUCUGCUGGCAAGCCCUGCUUAGAUGUCAACAGGAGAAAGACUGUGAAUUGGCCUAUAACCAGUAUCUGGUUGCAUGCGAAGAUAAUAUCCGAGGGAGCAGGCGACAGUGUCCCAGCCAUUGCAUCAGCGCCUUAGUGAAACUGAACCAGACGCACAGUGGACCGGACCUAGAGACAUGUGACUGCGCCCAGGAUUCACAAUGUAGGAGGGCAAAACGGGCGAUCGAGCCGUGUAUUCCUCGAAGGCAUCCAGGGGACGCAGCUGGGAUAGGGUGCACAGAGGCACGCCAACGCUGUGAGGAGGACCCUGGCUGCCACUCCACUCUGACAGCCUACCUGUCUAACUGUGGGCAGCUUUUCAACGGCAGAAAAUGCACGGCAAAGUGCAAGACCACAAUUCAGCAAAUGCUGUUCAUCCCCAACGGUAUGCUGCUUAAUCGCUGCGUGUGUGACGGCAUGGAGCGACCCUUUUGCGAAGUGGUGAAGGAGAACAUGGGGAAACUAUGCUCUAUCGGGGAUCACGGGGUCUCUACGGCCUAUGGGGACAUGGACGACAUGUAUGAGGAUGAGGACUACGAACUGAAAGCAGAUAGAGAAGACUUUCAUCCGGACACAGGAGUUUUUUCCUCCAGCCCAUCCAAGUAUUCUGUUAAUAUUGCCUUGUUAAAUUGUGUGUUGCUGCUGACAUGGUGUUGGACAAGAACAUUCUAGGGGCACACAUAGGCUAUACAAUACAUUGACUUGCUUCUUUUAUUUGUUCAUGAAUCGUGCAGGACACCUUGCGCAGCACUGCUUAUAUUCACCUAAUUGACCCUUGGAGACGGUGAUGGACUUGUGAAAAUGUAAUUCCAAGGACACGGGGAUAGGUUUACAGCAAAGCGACAAGACUUCCGAUAAUAUUGCGAAGAAUGCAUUCGUUUUGCUCAUGAAAAGAUAUUUGGCUAUCAGACGAGUGUGCCUUUCGGUUUAUUUCAUUCGUGACUGAAACUGAAAAGUAUACUGUUGUAUUCACUUAUAAGAUCAACUCCAAAUCACACUCGAGGAACCCGGUUGUAGAGUCUGUUAUAGGCCGAAUGGUACUUACGCUGUAACAAAAUGCUUAAGAGGCUGAUUAUUUGGUGGGAAGUGAACCAAACAUAUAUGUUUAUUGCAACACGGAAAAAGUGGAUUCGUUUACUUUUCUCCGUCUCUCCCCCUUUCCUUUCCUCUUUGUUUUGUUUCGGUGGCCCUUGAAGUGUGUGGCUUUAUUAAGACUUUAGAUAAACAUUGGAGCGUUUUCAUUUGUGUUUACUCUCCUCUCUGCACUCCAGCGCUUGGGCAUUGAAGCCAUCACACUUCAAAUAUUUGUGGUGAACCACGAGAGAACAGACGAGGUUCUGGGAUCAAGUAGUUAAAUUAACUGAAGUGCCUCUCCGGUAGCCCCCACCCAUUUCACUCUUAGUCUCUUCUUGUUUUAUUGAAAACUCUACCAUUGACCCACCUCCCCACUCACCACCACCUCCACCCUCCCCCUCUCUCUAUCACACUGUCACACACACUCACUCACUGACUAGUUCUACUUUGCUGAGUGGGCUUCGAGUAAAGUGGGGGAUCACCGUUCGUUACUAUAGUUUGACAUUUGUGUUUGCUAGUGAAAUUAACACUGAUGGGCCACGGCUGCUAUAACUAAAGCAGGACUGUACCGAAAUGUUUAAUCAUAUCGUUUCGUUCAAAAAACGUUUUCUGAAGUGAAAUGGUUGAAAUUAAUUUUGCAUUGAUCCCUCGAACACUUGAAAUGUAUGAAAGUUAAAAAAUAUAUAUUUAUAGGCUAAUUGGGUUAUUGCUCAUUUCAGUUGCGAUUUGUUUGUGUUUAUAGAAUAAAACAUUUAAGGUUUUUAAUGUUUAAGAUAAGGAUAUUGAAGAACAGCAUUUGCCUGCAAAAAUAUAUUCCCAUAUGCAACAGCAACCAACAUUUAUACAUGAUAUACUGCGUAUUUUGUUUUUGUAAAUGUCGUUGGAUAUUUUUUUUUUACCUGGCGAAAGUAAACUGGUAUCUUAUGUUAAUUGAUGUAUUAAAUGGGUGUAUGUGUAUGUAAAUGAGUUAUUAUUCCUUGUAUUAACAUACAAUGUUUUGUAAAAGUGUAAAUGUGUAACUUCAUCAACAAAAUAUUUUCUGUACAGAAAUAGAUAUUUAUGUCUCCGAAAGGAUUACCGAAUCAAGUAAAUGUCUCCGAAAGAAAUACUGAAUAAAGUAAUAAAGAGGGAACAUUUAAUGAAA